GAUUUAGUUUACAACAUUUUAUCGCGACACUGCCGCCUUAUCGCGCGGCUAAGGGAUAACUCGCGCCGAAGGUGUCGUUCGUUCGUUCGUUCUCGCGCGCCCAUCCCGGCCGGCAUGCAUCGUCUGAGCGAUCUCGCGGCGAAGCUGUGGAGGAGAGCCGGCGCGCCGGCGAUCCAGCGGAGGUCGCUCGUCUACGGGCCCGACGUCGCGGCGGCCCGGAGGCGCGGCCUGCCCGUCGUGGCACUGGAAUCGACCAUCGUCACGCACGGCAUGCCGUACCCCGAUAACUUGAACACCGCGCUGAGGGUCGAGGACGCGAUCAGAAUGCAAGGCGUCGUGCCUGCCACGAUAGGCAUUAUAGACGGGAAGAUACACGUAGGCCUGAGCAGCGAGCAGUUGGAGGUCUUGGCCAACGCUGACCCGGCAAGGACUGUGAAAUGUUCACGCAGGGACAUCGCCUUCGUUCUGUCGCGCGGACUGAACGGCGGCACGACGGUCAGCGGGACGAUGCUGAUCGCGUACGCAGCUGGCAUUCCGAUAAUGGCAACAGGUGGUAUCGGCGGUGUUCACAGGGGCGCCGAGCUGACUCUCGACAUCAGCGCGGACCUGGUUGAACUUGGACGCACGCCGGUGGCGGUUGUCUGCUCCGGCGUCAAAUCCAUCCUGGACAUUGGCAGGACCUUGGAGUACCUGGAAACCCAGGGAGUACCGGUCGUCAAGAUAGGCGACACGCCGGAAUUUCCAGCCUUCUACUGUGCCGCAACCUCGGACAAGCUACAAGCGCCGUGCAGAGUCUCCAACGCGGAGGAGGCAGCUGGUAUCGUGGAGACGCAGGGGGUACUGGGCCUCAACACGGGGAUAUUAUUUGCAGUCUCUAUCCCCGAAAAAUACGCGUUGCAGCCUAGCGCCGUGGACGCCGCUAUAUCCCAGGCCUUAAAGAAAGCUGGUGAUAUGCGCGUGACGGGCAAGCAGGUGACGCCGUUCCUUCUGAGCGAGCUCAACGAGAUCACGCGCGGUCGGUCUCUCGAAGCGAACAUGGCUCUCAUAGAGAAUAAUGCCAAGGUCGCGGCCGAAAUUGCCCUGAGUCUCUGCGAAAGGUCUCGGAAAGCCCGUGUAAGACCUGCUUCCGUACGAUCGAUAGUGGCGAAGCAAAAACCGACAGUGAUCGGCGCGUCAGUCCUGGACACCGUACUGCAGGUGGGGGAGCCGAAAAUAAACAAUGACGGCGGGACGUACACCGGGCGAAGCAGACGCAGCUGCGGCGGGGUCGGCCGGAACGUCGCCGACGCGCUGCUCAGGCUCGGCUUGGGGAACACGCGUCUGAUAUCCGUCGUCGGCGACGACGAGCAUGGGAGGACCGUUCUCGAGAGCCUGGGGGCCGGGGGCGAGACGGUGAGGCGCGUGCCAGGCGUGGACACCGCGAGAUUCACGGUGGUGCUGGACGCUAAUGGCGAGUGCAACUUCAACGUCAGCGAAAUGGAGUCCUUCGCCGCGAUCACUCCGAAGUUGAUAAAGGAGUGUCAGUCGCAUCUCGAGGGAGCAAGCCUCAUCGUUCUCGACGCAAAUCUCGAACUGGACACCAUACGCUACGUGCUCGACGUUGCGUCGCAAGCGAACGUUCCGGUCUGGUACGAGCCCACGGAUGUUCAGAAGGCGGCGCGGAUAUUCGAGGUCGGGCCGCAUUGGAAAGAUGUGCUGCACUUCGUCUCGCCUAACCAGAACGAGCUGAAAGUCAUAGGCGAGCGCCUCGACAUCCCCGUCGCCGAGGAUAUGGACCUGGCGGCCGUGAGAAACGUGGCCGAGCGGUUGGUCGAGCACAUCCCAGUUGUCAUAACCACCUUGGGAGCGCAGGGAGUGCUGGUAACCCGAAGAGCCUCGCAAAACGAGCCCUUCUACGACGAGCGCGGCGAGCUGAUCGCCGAUUCCCCGGUCGCGUCUCGAUUGUACCCCGCGGAAAGGACGGGCGAGAUACUCAGCGUGAGCGGGUGCGGUGAUUGCUUCACGGCCGGAAUAAUCUACGGGAUUCAUAAGAAUCUGGACGAGAUCGGUUGCGUCGCCGUGGCUCUGAAAGCCGCCGCACUCUCGCUCAGGUCCUUCGACGCGGUGCCACGGACCCUCCGAGAUGCUCUCCGGCGAUGAACGAUAUUGAAUUUUAAUAUAGUUUUAUUCUAAGCGAACCUCUUCGCUAAUUGACUAAUUGUAAGAUUAGCGUUUGGAGUUUUAAUCAAUGAAUUUUAUACAAAUAUUAGGUAAUAAGUGGAACUAAAAUUUUUAAAUCUUACAGAUUAAUUAACUAAAAAAAGAUGCCGUUUCCAGGUUUUGGCGACUCAACAAUAAUAACAAUUCAAUACACUGCGCGCAGAUUAUUUGUCCGCCUUAAUGAAACGCAGUUUCUUGCAUUUCUUCUACCGUUGUUACAGCCAAUCUACGUACUUUGGUUGAUAAUAGACUUAAAAUUUUGAUACUAGUAAUCAAUUCUUUUUAAAUCACUGUAUAGAAUAUUUAUCACCCCCGCCGGGAUUUGAUUCCGUACUUUACAAAUACAUAUUUUUAUCGCAACUAAACCUCUUUACUAACCGACUAAUUGUAAGAUUAACGUUUAAUUUUAAUCGUCGAACUUUUACAAUAUGAAAUAAUAAUAAGUGGAACCGAACUUUAUGAAUCUUACAGAUUAAUUAAAAAUGACGCUAUUUUCAGAUCUUGCUGACUCAACAUAAUAACAGUCCAAUGCACUGCGUGCAGAUUAUUUGUCGGUCUUAAUAAAACAGUUUCCUGUUGUUGCAACAAAUCCACGUACAUCAGUUGAUAA